AUGUUUGCCCCUGACCCUUUUAAACAGGGGAAGGAGGUCUAUAGAGUAUAUCAAAUUGAAUAUACAUCACUGACAGACAGACAGGCAGGCAGACAGACGGGAUGUACAGCGUGUACAUAAAUAAAUCAUUGGGACAGUGCUAUAACGUUAAUGCAUACAGAGGUAUUAUAAUUAUAAUAGAUCAAAAGCUGAUGCCAUUACAGUGCGGCUCCUAUCCCGUGUCACUGCUCAUCUUUAUGUUGCUUCAUUAUUGAGUUAUGGCAUGCAUAAUUUAACAUGGAGCGCUAUGGAUCCUUCUUCACUCAGAUGGAGAUGGUAUGCUGCCCAGAUUAUAGGACCAUGUAUACGGGGCGAUCUCUCGCUCUCUUUACAGCUCUUCUUUCUGUUGCUCUCUUUCUCUCUCUCUUUCUCUCUCUCUCUAUCCCAUCUGUCUGUCACUCUCUUUCUAUCACUCUUUCUCUCUAUCACUCUCUCCCUCUCUCUUUCUCUCAAGUAAGUGUGUGUCUUUGUAUGUGUGUAUGCAUGUAAAUCUGUUUGUAACUGUGUGUGCAUGCUUGCGUGUGUCCGUGUGGGUGUGGGUGUGUUUUUCAGCUCUGUGGCCCCACUCUGACUACAGCUUUGUGUUGGUGGCCUGUACCUCAGUGGGCUGUGGAGCUAGUCAGCCAUCUACAGGACGCACUCUGCAAGACGCUCCAGCAAGUACACACAGGCAUACAUACACACACACACAUUAGAUGUUCCAUUUUUCUUUAUUUAGAGGGGUUGGAAGGGCUACGCGCGCGCGCGCGCUCGGGCGCUGGCGAUCUCAGGAAGCGAGAGAGCGCGCGAGAGGAGAAGCCGCAGCGAGCGAGGGAGUGGCAGAGAGUUAGGGGAGAGGAGAGAGCGGCGGGAGAGAGAGAGAGGUGGAGAGAGAAGAGCGAGAUGAAAGCGAGAGAGCGAGUUAGUGAGAGAGAGGCGAGAAAGGAGAGAUAGAGAGAUAUAAGCUCUCUCUCUCCUCUUAAGCUCUCUCUCUGCUCUUAAAGCGGCUCUAGAUUUCAUCUCUCUCUCUCCUCUCUCUCUCUCUCUCUCUCUCUCUCUCUCUCUCUCUCUCUCUUCUCUCUCUCUCUCUCUCAAUUUUCAAUUUAAGGGGCUUUAUUGGCAUGGGAGACAUAUGUUUACAUUGCCAAAGCAAGUGAUAUAGAUAAUAAACAAAAGUGGAGGAAAUAAUGAACUGUAAACAUUACACUCACAAAAGUUCCAAAAAAUAAAGACAUUUCAAAUGUCACAUUAUGUCUAUAUACAGUUUUGUAACAACGUGCAAAUAGUUAAAAAAAUAAAAUAAAUAAAUAAACAUAUAUAUGGGUUGUAUUUACAAUGGUGUUUGUUCUUCACUGGUUCUGGUCUCUCUCGCUCUCGUUCUCUCUCUCUCUCUCUCUCUCUGAGGAAUCACCUCUGUGUUUGUGUCAUUUAAUGACUUCAUAUUUGACUGGCGUAUGACAGAUGACACACGCAUGAUCAAACACAUGGUAAACCAUCAGAUUCAAUCCGAUGAUCGGUUUGUUCGCACACACUCUCCCAUUUUGAUUUAUUCAUUUAUUUUUAUUUAAGCUUUAUUAACCUAGGUUAGUUUUACUGAGAUUGCAUGUGGUUCCCAAGAGGGAACAGGUUAAAGACACUUUGACAUGAAAUAUACCGGUACAUCUAGGCCUUGGAUCAUUCUUAGUUUCUUUAUGGACUCAGAGAUCAAUCUGAGCCCUGAGUUGAUUUGAAUUUAAUUUAAUUACAUUUAAUUGGAUUGGAUUGAAUUGACACUAAUUGUCACGUUGCUCUCAAUGUAUAAGUUAUUGUGUCCUAUCUAAGAGCUCUUACAGUGGCUUGCGAAAGUAUUCACCCCCUUGGCAUUUUUCCUAUUUUGUUGCCUUACAACCUAGAGUUAAAAUUGAUUUUUUUGGGGUUUGUAUCAUUCGAUAUACACAACAUGCCUACCACUUUGAUGAUGCAAAAUAUGUUUUGGGGUGAAACAAACAAGAAAAAAUACAAAAAAACUGAAAACUUGAGCUUGCAUAACUAUCCCCCCCCCCCCCUCCAAAGUCAAUACUUUGUAGAGCCACCUUUUGCAGCAAUUACAGCUGCAAGUCUCUUGGGGUAUGUCUCUAUAAGCUUGGCACAUCUAGCCACUGGGAUUUUUGCCCAUUCUUCAAGGCAAAACUGCUCCAGCUCCUUCAAGUUGGAUGAGUUCCGCUGGAGUACAGCAAUCUUUAAGUCAUACUACAGAUUCUCAAUUGGAUUGAGGUCUGGGCUUUGACUAGGCCAUUCCAAGACAUUUAAAUGUUUCCCCUUAAACCACUCGAGUGUUGCUUUAACAGUAUGCUUAGGGUCAUUGUCCUGCUGGAAGGUGAACCUCCGUCCCAGUCUCAAAUCUCUGGAAGACUGAAACAGGUUUCCCUAAAGAAUUUCUCUGUAUUUAGCGCCAUCCAUCAUUCCUUCAAUUCUGACCACUUUCCCAGUCCCUGCCGAUGAAAAACAUCCCCACAGCAUGAUGCUGUCACCACCAUGCUUCACUGUGGGGAUGGUGUUCUCUGGGUGUUAAGAGGUGUUGGGUUUGCGCCAGACAUAGCGUUUUCCUUGAUGGCCAAAAACCUAAAUUUUAGUCUCAUCUGACCAGAGUACCUUCUUCCAUAUGUUUGGUGAGUCUCCCACAUGCCUUUUGGCGAACACCAAACGUGUUUGCUUAUUUUUUUCUUUAAGCAAUGGCUUUUUUUCUGGCCACUCUUCUGUAAAGCCCAGCUCUGUGGAGUGUAUGACUUAAAGUGGUCCUAUGGACAGAUACUCCAAUCUCUGCUGUGGAGCUUUGCAGCUCCUUCAGGGUUAUCUUUGGUCUCUUUGUUACCUCUCUGAUUAAUGCCCUCCUUGCCUGGUCUGUGAGUUUUGGUGGGCGGCCCUCUCUUGGCAGGUUUGUUGUGGUGCCAUAUUCUUUCCAUGAUUUAAGAAUGGAUUUAAUGGUGCUCUGUGGGAUGUUCAAAGUUUCUGAUAUUUUUUUAUAACCCAACCCUGAUCUGUACUUCUCCACAACUUUGUCCCUGACCUGUUUGGAGAGCUCCUUGGUCUUCAUGGUGCCGCUUGCUUGGUGGUGCCCCUUGCUUAGUGGUGCAGACUCUGGGGCCUUUCAGAACAGGUGUAUAUAUACUGAGAUCAUGUGACAUUUAGAUUGCACACAGGUGGACUUUAUUUAACUAAUUAUGUGACUUCUGAAGGUAAUUGGUUGCACCAGAUCUUAUUUAGGGGCUUCAUAUCAAAUGGGGUGAAUACAUAUGCACGCACCACUUUUCCGUUAUUUAUUUUUUAGAAAUUUUUGAAACAAGUUAUUUUUCUUCAUUUCCCCUUCACCCAAAUUUGGUAAAUUUUUUAUUAAAUUAAAAAAAAAUAAAAAAAAAAAUUAAAUUUUAAAAAAUGAAAAAAAAAAAAAGCCAAGGGGGGAAAUGUUGGGGGCAUGUAAAAAAACCCAAAACCCCAAAAAAUUUCAAAAUUUUAUUUAAAAAACCCUUUCAACCCAGGGGGGGGGGAAAAACCCCCCUAAAAAAAAAAAAGGGGGGGGGGGCCCCCCCCCCCCCCCAAAAAAAAAGGGGGGGAAAAAAAAGGGGGGGGGGGGGGGGGAAAAAAAAAACUUUGGGGGUUUUCCAAUUGGGUUUUUUUUUUUAAAAAUUGCCCGGGGAAAAAAAAAACAUGGUAUUUCCUAAAAUGGUGGUGUUGUGGUGGGGUUUAAAUUCCCUUGGCUGAAAAACAAUUUAUUUCCCUUUUCCCCAGGAAAAUUUUAUCUGGGGUUUCAUCCCCCAAUUUUCCCCCCUAAAACCCCCCUUUUUUCCCCUUUCUUUGAAACCCCCUUUUUCUUUUUUUCCCUUUUUCCCCUUUUCCCCUUUUCCCCCCUUUUUACUCCCCCGGCCCCCCCCCUUUUCUUUUUUUGGGGGGGGGGGGAAAAAAAAAAAAAAAAAAAAGGGGGGAAAGGGGGAAAGGGGAAAAAGGAGGGGGAAGGGGGAAAAGGGGAAAAGGGGGGGGGGGGGGGGGAAAAAAAAAAAAGGGAAGGGUUGGUGAUUUUAAAAGAAAUUUUUAAUUUUUUAAAGAAAAAAGUGCAAACAAAAAAGGGUUUUUAAGGGUUUUGUUUGGGGAACCUUGAUUUGGGCUGUUUUUUUUCGGGGGGGGUUUUGGAAAAAAAAAAUUUUUUAAGUCGCAUUAAAAAUUUUUGGGGGGUUUUAUAAAAAAAAUUUUUUUUAAUUUUUGGCCCCAAUCUCCUCUCUUUUUCUUCACCCAAUUUAGCAUCACGGGGAAUUUAAAAAGAGCCGGCCCUAUUAUCCUAGAGUGGGUGUGUUGGUGGGGUGUGUGUGUGUAAAAGGGUCGCUCCAUGGUCAUUGUUUUAUAAAAUGUGGAUGCUGUCAUUCCCUCCCCCAGAGAAAAAGGGUUUUUGUGAUGACGGGGUUUAAACCCUUCCCCCGUUCCCCCCUGGGAACACACCACAAACCAAAUUAUAACACUUUCCUUGAUAUCCCCGACUUUUUUUUACAUUAUUAAUUCCGUCUGUUUGCAUUUUUCCUAACUAUAAACCUCUCUACUACAAACCUCUCUGUCUCUUUCUUUCUCUUCCCUUUCUCUCUAUCGCCUCCCCCCCUCCCCCCUUUUCCCCCUUUUUCCCCCCCCCCCCCCCCACCCCCCCCCCCCCCCCCCUUUCCCCCUCCCCCCCUUCUUCCCCCCUUUCUCUGUGUGAUAUAAUCGCAGUAUCUAUAUGAAACAUGUGACAGAGUGACAAAUCAGUGGUUUUAAUGUGUUUCAGUGUGCUGGUCUAACCCUCUGCAUAACUGGUAAUGGGCCUGUUUAAAGCGGCCUGCGCUGGAACAAUAGUUAAUGUACAGCUAUUAAUGUGUGUGUGUGGACUUUAUAGAGAAUUAAAGGCUUUUAAUGUUAAAUGUGUCCCACUUACACAGCUAAUGUAGGCCUUAACACCCGCGGCCCUCUGCCUUUAAAAAGGCAAAUCUGUCUUCUGAUGUCAUUUAUUUGUGUGUGUGUGUGUGUGUGUGUGUGAGCGAGAGAGAGAGAGAGGCUUUGGAGGCUUUCUUUAAGUGCGGUCACAUUAUCACACUCACAGGCGCAUGCAUACACACACACACACUCAUAUUAAUAUGUAGAGGAUAUUAGCGCAGUAUUUAUGGUGGGGCUAUGAGGGGUCAGCUGGUUUAUAGUCCUCUAAGGGGUCACUGCUUGUUGUACUGCUGUAAAUGGCUCCUUCAAUGAUCACGCUAAGAAAAAAGUAUUAAAUACCCUUAAUUUAAAUACCCGGAAUAGGGAAGCUGCUUUAUAUAAACAUCAUGAUGAAUUUAUUAUAUACAGUAUAAUGUUUCACCUCUUCUCUGUCUAUGUCUGUGACAGUGUCUGUGUCUGUGUGUCUGCCCACCAUGUAACACACUAUUGACUAUCUCUCCCCUCCUCUCCUUAUCUCAUCUGACAGGUACAUCAUCCAGACACCGGUCUCCUCCCCUCUGGGAGUCCCGCCCCCUCAUAACGUACUGUCCAGUCUCCGCUCUCUCUCUCUUCGUCUCCUGGACACCCCCAGGUCUGUGGCUACACCCCUCUCUGUCUACCCCCUACUCCCAACCCCUUAUCUGGUUGUCCAGACAUGUAUGUGCUUCAGCCAACUCACUGCCAUGUUGGUUCAUUGUCAUUUCAAACAUAUAUGACAGCAAUUGUCAGGAGUUGGCUAAAGCAUGUAUUAUCUGGACUGGAGUCAGGUUUUCCCUAUGUGGGAAAGACUGCCCUAAUGCAGUGGUCCACCAAUGGGUACACUCUUAGAAAAAAAAGGUGCUAUCUAGAACCUGAAAGGGUUCUUCAACUGUCCCCAUAGGAGAACCCUUUGAAGAACCCUUUUUGGUUCAAAGUAAAACUUUAUUUGGUUUCCAUGUAGAACCCUUUCCCCAGAGCAUUCUACAUGGAAACCAAAAGAGUUCUAUCUGGAACCAAAAAGGGUUCUUCUAUGGGGACAGCCGAAUAACCGUUUUGAAACCCUGUUUUCUAAGAGUGUGGUGGCAAAGGCCCUGUAGGCUCAUAUAGGCUAUAAUGUAUGUGACUUUUCUAUGACAAAAUAAAUGUGACCCGCCCAACCUCUCAAUAAGGCUGCUUGUGAUCUCUGUCUCCUUUCUCUAACUCACUAGCCUCUGCCUCCACACACACACAAACACACACACACACACACACGCUAUGUUAAUUUUCCCAUCAGAGGUGCCUUUCCAUAAUUCACGCCAACUGUAGGCUGAUAGGUCAUUCAACAUUCAUGAGUUCCAGGAUGUAUUGAGAAUGGCCUGAUUAUCUUAACAAAUGAAAAAUUUAAAUUAUUCACCUUUCCUCAUAGCUUUCUCCCUCAGCAGAUGUAGCCUUCUACCGAGAUGCACACACACACACACACACAAAUACAUGCACACACACACACCCAGCCUGUAUUACGCCCUACUUUGAUCUCUGCCUGGCUGCCACAGAGGUUCAAUGGGGAGCUAUUCUUAAGUUCUAUUAUUUACAACUAAUCAGCAGCUUUACACUUUCCUACUUUCAACUCCACACAGAGCCUAAUCAGGACUAAUGGCAGCUGCAGCAGCCAGGAGAGACCCUUCAGUAGCGAUCUGUCACACACACAUUAACACACACAUUAACGCACACACAUUAACACACAAACACUAGCACACGCACACACAUAUGCUUGAACACACGCACAUAUUCACACACACAGACACACACACACUCCAAGCCCUGGGUCCAGCAGCUUAACCAAGCGUGAGAGACCAGGCAAUACUUCCCCUCUUUUAGAAUCAACCUGUAAUGACGCUAGAAUAGCCUGCCUAUGGAUGUGUCUGUGUGAUUUCCCCCAUAUCAGGCCCCUCUCAUAGUAAACACACAUAAUGAGAAGAUAAUAUUUAGAGAUGGAUUACUUCAGGCAGACAAUCAUAGCCAAAGCCUGCAUACACACACCCACAGCCAAACCCUCACAACAAAACAUCCACAGCCAAACUCUCUCUCUCUCUCUCUCUCUCUCUCUCUCUCUCUCUCUCUCUCUCUCUCUCUCUCUCUCUCUCUCUCUCUCUCUCUCUCUCUCUCACUCACUCACUCACUCACUCACUCACUCACUCACUCACUCACUCACUCUUCACUCACUCACUCUUCACUCACUCACUCACUCACUCACUCACUCACUCACUCACUCACUCACUCACUCACUCACUCACUCACUCACACACACACACACACACACACACACACACACACACAGACAUGCACAGAGGGUGAGAGGUGAUACGUCCAGCCCUGACCUCCCACAUCUCUUCCCACCUCUCUGCAGACAGACAGCCAUCUCUUGGUCCUGACUGUUCAUUGACUCUCUGAACUCAUCCAUCCCAGUAUCUCUGUGAUGCACUAUCCCUCUGACCAUGUUCAGCUCCUACUAAAUUACCCACAGUGCCGUAGUAAAUCCAGCAUCUGUGGUCAAAAGCAGGAUAAAUCAGAGAGCACUGAUUGGUCAAUAAAACGGAACCAGCAGAGCCCAAUUUAUUAGUCCCCCAUCGCCCAAACUGUCUUUUUUCCUCUAGAGCCUUUCUAAUCAUGAACCACCUAAUAAGCCAAAUCUCAAUAUUUACCACAAUCUAGUCUUCAGUUCUGUGUCUAGAAGGGGUGAUGCAGAUUUUCGUAUGUCUUUGAUCUGUGAGUUAACUUGCUAGCUAGCUACAGUACAUUCAAAUACAAAUACCCCCCAACAAGCCCAACAGACUCAUCACGUCAUACUUUAUACACAGGUAAUAACCAUUCAUACACAGGUAAUAACCACUCAUACACAGUCAUUAACUAUUAAUACACAGGUAAUAACCAUUCAUACACAGGUAAUACCUAUUCAUACACAUGUAAUAACCAUUCAUACACAGUCAAUAAUCAUUCAUACACAGGUAAUAACCAUUCAUACACAGUCAUUAACUAUUAAUACACAGGUAAUAACCAUUCAUACACAGGUAAUACCCAUUCAUACACAGGUAAUAACCAUUCAUACACAGUCAAUAAUCAUUCAUACACAGGUAAUAAACAUGUAUACACAGGUAAUAACAAUUCCAGAAUCUAUGCCAAGGUGCAUUGAAGCUGUUCUGGCAGCUUGUGGUGGCCCAACGCCCUAUUAAGAAACGUUAUGUUGGUGUUUCCUUUAUUUUGGCAGUUACCUGUGUGUUUGUUUGUGGUCAAGGUCAAGUAUGUGUUGUUGACUAGAGGUAUCUGUAUGCAGGGUCAGAGAGUAUCUAAGCCCUGAUAAGUCCUGUGGAAACAUCAUUAGCAUACAGGCUGAGGGAAGAAUCCUAACUUCACAUCCACACAAGGAAGUCCGACUUUAGUAAUCCAGACACAAAUGUCAAUGGGAUAUUUGCUCCAGAAUUGGAGUUACGUGUAAACAUUUAAAGUUAGGAUCUGAAAAAGUAUUCAGAUCAUGUCUGGUUGGGUUUGGACUCUGACAAGUGUGUGUGUGAACAAACACAACCAAAUGUGAUGAUGUCUGACUCUCACAUAUAAUGGGGGCUUGCUAUAGAUCUGAGAGGGCUUGCAUCAGCUAUCGACGAAGCAAAGGGGUGGAGGGAUGGGAGGGGGGUUGUUUGUUGUAUGUCAUCAAGUCUGGCUGUGUGUGGUAGUUUAGGGGCACCAUGUGAGCCAAGACAUGCGUACACACACACAUACACACACACACACACACAUACACACAUACACACAUACACACACACACACACACACACAUACACACACACACACACACACACACACACACACACAUACACACAUGCACAGUUCUGAUGCAGCUGGCACGAUUAGAGACUACCAUCCUUAUCUCCUUCUCCUCUCCCUUCUCUCUCGCUCUCUUUCCCUCCCUCUCUCAAUGUUCUCUCUCUCUCUUUGAGAUGAAUCUCAGGGUUAAUUUCCCUAACUCACUUCGUCUUCCUGUUUCCUGCCAGGUGACCAAUGGGGAUGCAGAGUAGCUGCUGGUGUUCAUCUGGUCCAAUGGGCCGCUAGAGUUCAUUGACGCCAGUGACGCCCUCCAGCCCUUCAGGCAAUACAAGUACAGGGAUACACGCCCACAACUCCCGGGGCUCUGUCACAAUGGAGGUGGGUCCAGAGGUCAUGGCUCCUUCUACUUUCUUACCUAC